AUGGUUCUGAAAUCAACCUCUGCUAGUAACAUUUCAGUGUACCAAGUCUCUGGGUCCAACGUCUCAAGAUCCUUACCCGAUUGGAUUGCCAAAAAACGUAAGAGAGCUUUGAAAAAUGAUUUGGAUUAUCAAAAUAGAGUAGAAUUGGUUCAAGAUUUCGAAUUUAGUGAAGCCUCUAAUAAGAUUAAAGUCUCCAAAGAUGGUCAGUUUGCAAUGGCCACAGGUACUUAUAAGCCACAAAUCCAUGUUUAUGAUUUCGAUAAUUUAUCCAUGAAAUUUAGUAGACACACAGAUUCAGAAAACGUAGAUUUCUUAAUCCUAUCCAAUGAUUGGACUAAAUCCAUUCAUCUACAAAACGAUAGAUCCAUCCAAUUCCAAAGCAAAGGUGGGAUUCAUUAUCAAACUCGUAUUCCCAAAUUUGGUAGAAGUUUGACUUAUAAUGACGUUAAUUGUGAUUUAUAUAUUGGUGCAGACAGUCAGGAAUUGUAUAGAUUGAAUUUGCAACAAGGUAGAUUUCUAAACCCUUUUAAACUAGAUUCUCAAGGUGUUAAUCAUGUCUCAAAUUCAGAUGUGAAUGGUUUAAUCGCUGUAGGGAUGGAGGAAAAUAUUAUUGAAUUUUGGGAUCCAAGAUCUCGUCAAAGAGUCUCCAAAUUGGUUUUAGAAAAUCAAUUAGAUAAUUCAUCUUUCCAAGUCACUACUACUUCAUUCCGUAAAGAUGGGUUAAAUUUCGCUUGUGGUACUUCCAACGGUUAUUCUUAUUUGUAUGAUUUAAGAACUUCAGAUCCUUAUCAAGUGAAAGAUCAAGGUUAUGGUUAUGAUAUUAAAAAAAUCAUUUGGUUAGAUGAUGUUUCCGUCGAAAAUCAAAUCCUGACUUGUGAUAAAAGAAUUGCCAAGAUUUGGGAUAGAAAUAAUGGUAAACCUUAUGCAUCUAUGGAACCAAGUGUGGAUAUUAAUGAUAUUGAACAUUUACCAGGUACUGGUAUGUUUUUCACAGCAAACGAAGGUAUUCCAAUGCAUACUUAUUAUAUUCCAAAUUUGGGUCCAUCUCCACGUUGGUGUUCAUUCUUGGAUUCCAUCACUGAAGAAUUGGAAGAAAAACCAAGUGAAUCUGUUUACUCAAAUUAUAGAUUUAUAACAAGAGAUGAUGUGAAUAAAUUGAAUUUGAAACAUUUGAUUGGUACAAAUGUUUUAAGAGCAUAUAUGCAUGGGUUCUUCAUUAACACUGAAUUAUACGAUAAGGUAGCUUUGAUUGCCAAUCCAAAUGCUUAUAGAGAUGAAAGAGAAAGAGAAAUUAGACGUAAGAUUGAAAAAGAAAGAGAAUCAAGAAUUAGAACUUCGAAUGCUGUUAAUAAACCCAAGAUUAAAGUUAAUAAGAACUUGGUCACUAAAUUAUCAGAAAAACGUGGUGAUAAAGUUGUGGAAAAUGUAUUACAAGAUGAUCGUUUCAAAGAAAUGUUCGAAGAUGAAGAUUUCCAAAUCAAUGAAGAUGAUUAUGAUUACAAACAAUUGAACCCAGUUAAAUCUGCAAGAGAAACUGAUGAAGGUGCUUCUAAACGUAUUAGAGCUUUGACUGCUGCUGAAGAAUCAGAUGAAGAAAGAAUCCAAUUGAAGGAAAAGAAUUCUUCCAAGAAACACGGUAUAUAUAGUGAAAGUGAAAGUGAAAGUGAAAGUGAGAGUGAGAGUGAUAAGGAAGCAGAAUUGAGUGAAAAGGAUAAGAAAAGACUUGCUAAGCAAAGAGAAGCCGUGGAACGUAGACGUAAAGAAAGAAUUGAAAGUGAAAAAUAUAUGAAUAAAUUAAAAGCAUCUCGUGGUGAUUCCAAUGAUAAACAAUUACAAGAAGAAACAUUUGGCAAGAAAGUACGUGAAUUAAAGAAAGAGGAAUUUGCCAAGAAACAAGAUGGAGGUUCCACAGUACACCGUAAUCAUCGUGGUGAAGCUGAAUUAACAUUUAUACCUAAAAAGAAGGAAUCCACACCUAAAAAUAUCAGAACCAAUACUGAACAAGAAGAAGGAGAAGUUAAAAGGGAUAAUGGUAGAUCAAGACCUCGUUUCAAAGGUAGAAGAAGUGCUAGUAAAAAUACAUUCCGUGGGAUGUAA